AUGCUUGGAGGCACUACGAACAAUGCUACAAUGUUUGGCAAUCUUAAUACCUCAACGCCAACUUCAACUCCAGUUCCUGCAGGGAAUAACUUUCAAUUACCACAAAAGCAGAGUAUGUUUGGUAAUAUAAAUAAUACACUUGGGACCUCUACUCCCAGCCCAUCUACUGGCUUUUUUGGCAAUUCCAAUACUCAACAAAAUCAAAAUAAUCCGCUGUCAACGAAUACGGGAGGUUUUCUGGGUAACAAAUCUGCUACCUCUUCUACUCCAGCAAAUAUAUUUGGAAAUUCAGCAAAUACAAAUUCAGGUGGCUUAUUUGGCAAACCAUCACAGACUACAUCGACUGCUACUAGUACGCCUGCUGGCGGACUUUUUGGUAAUGCUAGUGCCCCAAAACCAACUGGUUCGUUGUUUGGCAAUUCUAUCACUACCAAUAAUGCCCAACAAUCAUCUUCAGGUGGUUUAUUUGGAAACAACACAAACUUGACACAGAAUUCAGCUGGAAGUUUAUUAGGAAACAAAGGCAUAUCUACUCAACCUCAGCCAACUACUGGUGGAUUAUUUGGUGCUAAACCUUCGAUACCCAGUUAUUCAAAUACAGGCGGUCUAUUCGGCCAAAAAUCUACUACGACUACAGGUGGGUUAUUUGGUACUUCCCAGUCCAAUAUUAGCACUAAUAAUUCUUUGUUCAACAAUAUGUCACAACAGCAAACUCAGCAACAGCCACAACAAUUAAAUAACCCAAGUAUGAUUUCUUCCAACCCAUAUGGUUUAAAUAUCAAUCCUAUUGCAACUUCAACCUCGAUGCCGGAAUCAUUAACUCCCUCUACUAGUUUGAGAAAACAACGCGAACAAAACAAUGAACCAUCAUUUAGAUCUCUUAAUCCAGAUCCUUAUAAAAAGAGGGCAUCAUCUGUUUCCAGCACCUUAUCAUCAAAUUUAUUACCAGCAUCCUCUCACUCAACUUUAAUUAGCAAACUGAGCUCGAGAUUAAAAUCGACACGCUCUUCUGCAACCUUAAGUGGUAUCUUUUCACCUUCUCACACAAAAUCUUGGUUGGCUCCAGAAUCCUCUAAACUAAUGCAGCAAAGUACGCCUUUGAGCUCACAAUCUAGUUUCUCUAAAACAGGAGUCUCAAAUAAUCAAACUUCAAUUAAUUUACUCUUAGCUGCAAAGACAGAAUCUAUAUCUGAUAUUAAAAAAUUAACAAUUGACCCAGAAAGAAGUGCUGCUAAAAAAUUGAAAUUAUUAUCUGGAAAAGCAACAGUUACUAAAAUGAAAGUUCAAGAUCCUACAGAAAAUUUACAAAGAAGAACAGUUACAUUUAUGACUAACACACAUAAGCAAGAUAAUACACCAGAAACAUUAACUUUUGAAGAAGAAAAGGAAAGAUUGUCACCUCCAUUAAAUGAAAAUGCUCCCUCCAUAGCAAAUAAUAAAAUAGAUUUAGGAUAUUGGUGUUCACCAUCUCCAAACCAAUUAUUGAAUCUAACUGCUAAGCAAUUGAGCUCAGUUUCAAAUUUUGUUAUUGGAAGAAAAGGCUAUGGCCAUAUCACUUUCAAUUAUGAUGUUGAUUUAACUGCAUUCGCUCAUGAUUUUGAAGGAGAACUAUUUGGUAAAGUUGUUAUAUUUAAUUCCACCAAGACUGUUGAAGUAUAUCCCAAUGAUAAUACUAAACCUGAUCUGGGAUACGGUAUGAAUGUCCCUGCAACGAUCACACUGGAAGGCAUUUAUCCAAUUGAUAAGGUUACUAAAAAACCAAUUAAAAACGCUUCUGAUAUUUUGGAAGUUCAAUAUUUCGGUAAAAAAUUAAGAUCUAUGAAAGAUAUGGAAUUUAUUUCAUAUAAUCCUUAUGGUGGGAUUUGGACUUUUAAAGUUCAACACUUUAGUAUUUGGGGAUUGGUUAAUAAAGAAGAUGCUGAAGUUGAUCAAGAUUUAUUAGACGAAUAUAAGAGGAAACAAAGAGAAACUGAAAAUUCUAUGCAAACAAAUGAAUCUGAAUCAGUUACUCAGGAUAUGGUUUAUGUACCAUCUAAUGAUGCACUAGAGACACAAUCUGAUCUUAUAUUACAAGAAAAUCCAUAUGAACCAAAUGUUAAUGAAAAAGAUUUUAUUUUUCUGGAAAAUGAACCAAAGUUAGAUAUCUCCAAUGAUUGGGUUGAACAACUUAAAUUAGCAAAUAAAUCACUUCGUUCAGUAUUUGCAGGUUCAAAUGCUUUGAUAAAGAAUUCUAAGCAAGAUAUCGAUUUAUUGGUACAAGAUUUUAAUGAAGAAUUAGAAUCUCAAAGAACGAUUAAGAGAGAGAGAAAGUUAUACGAACGUCAAAUUUCAAUAGCAAAAUUUACAAACAAUGGCCAGCUACUACUUACUACUGAAAACGGAUCUGUCAAAGAAACGACUCCAUUUAAAACAAAUGUUGAUGUAAAUCUUAUGAAGAAAUUAUUUUCAAGGCAGCAGGACUUAACUACUAUUGAAAUUAGAUCUAGUAACAAUUUCCCCAUGGUUAAAAAUAGUGCAUUGAAGUUUUCUGAUGUUAUGAAUCUGCAAGAAAAAGGCAGUAGAGGCUAUAUGUUAUGGGAAUUAUCAUCCAUUCUUUUUGAUCCAAUAGAAUUACCAUUCAAUGUUACUGAAGAAACAACUAAAUCAUUAUUAUUAAAAAAACAGAGACACCAGGAUUUAUGUUCUUGGCUUGUAGAUAAUAUUAGAGAGGAGAUAAAGUUCAAACUUCAUAAUUCGACCGAUCCGUUGGAUAAAAUUUUCUACUAUUUAAUGUUAAAUGAUGUUGUAACUGCAUCCAAACUCGCAGUAGAUUCUAAUAAUGGUCAUUUAGCUAUUGUAAUAUCAUUUCUUGGUUCUAAUGAUCCUACUGUUAGAGAACUUUCAAUCUCUCAAUUAUCUAAGUGGAGUUCAGCUGGUCAUGAAACUGAUCAUAAGAUUUCUCGUAUUUAUCAAUUAUUAAGUGGCUCCUUAUUAGAAAACUCUCAUGUUUUAAAAAGACUUUUGGAAGAAUUUAGUUGGUUAAGUAUAUUUGCUCUUACUCUCUAUUAUACUACUAUCGAUGAAGAUUCUUUGGAAAAUUUAGUUGCGUCACAUAUUACUGUAUUAAAUUCUGUUCAAGAUGAUUUUACAUUUAAAAUAUUAUCAUUGUUUGGUGCACAAACCUCUACUGAAGAAUUAUUUAUAAAAUCUGAUAUGAGAAAAGAUAAAUUUGAUAUUCAAUUUGCAUGGUUUUUUAUUCAAAUAUUACGAUUUAAUAACCAUAGACAAUUUUCUGAUAAACUUCUGGAUAAAUUAACAUUAUCCUUUAUUGAACAAAUCAAAAGUUUAUCUUUAACUAAGGAAGCUCUAUAUGCUAUGUGUUUUAUUUGUGAUGAUUUUGUAUCUAAGCAACAUAUUCAAUCGUCUAUUACUGCAAAUAUUAUUGAAUUCAAUAGUCCUACAAAUCAAUAUAUUAUGGAGGAAUUAAUGAUACCUAAGGAAUUAAUUUAUUCGUCUAUUGCUAUAAAUUAUAAAUAUAAAGGUGAUUAUAGAUUAGAAGCAGAGAAUUUAUUAAAGGCUGGAAAUUAUAAUGAAGCUAAGAAUGUAGUAAUCACUAAAUUGGGACCUAAGCUAAUUUUAAAUUUUAUUGCACAAUCUAAUAAAGACAAAUUGAUUGAAUUGGAUCGUGUUAUUAAGCAAUUCCCCAAAGAAGAAAUUUUUGAUUGGAAUAAUUCUAUUGGAGUAUUCGAAAAUUAUUUAAAAUUAGAUUAUGAAAAAUUAAAUGAUAAAGAUUUAUUAAUAUCAUUAAUUAAUGGAUUAUCGAUAAUUAUUAAUAAUUAUAAGAAUUAUAAGGAACUAUCGAUUUGUUGUAAUGAAAUCUCAAAGAAAGUUAUAGAUCAACUAGUAGAAACUCAUGAAGAUUUAAUUGAUGACAAAUUGAAAGUAGAACUACUAAAAUUACCAUUAGGCGGACCAGAAAAGAAAUAUUUCAAAAAAUUAUUUAAUAUUAAUGAAAAAUGA